AUGGACACUAAAAAACUGAUUGGUAAAUCCCUUCAGCCAGCAAGACCUGCACGCCACCUGUCUUCACAGCAUGCUUCAACAGUUACUUACAACUUCCAACCUGAAUUUCCAUGCAGCACUCAAGUAUGUUUACAUAGUGAAGUUAGCUGGUGGUAUGAGGCUACUGGAAUGCAGGUCUUAAAUCAAACUGUGAUCCCUAGUCAAUCAGAGUGCCAGGAGUCUGAAACCAAGAAAAAAAGAAUUAAAUACAGCAGAGAUUUCCUCUUGAAGCUUUCAAGUGUUUCGCUCUCUCAGAAGAAGCCGGAAUUUCUUCCUGAUCAUCCUAUUGUACUUGAAAAACCACAGAACGAAAUCAUUUCAAAACCUCACGUUUUUAUGAAAUGGAAAUGUCUUCUGGCCAGCCUUACUUAAGAGCACAAGUCCCAGUGACAUUCAGUGGGGGACACGCUCCAAUUCAAAUUACUCAUGAAAAUUCCACCUAUGGUUUCUAACACUAAGUUGGCUUGUUUUAGGUAUGUAACUUCCACUGAUUUCUAGAAUUCUAAACUUCAAGAUAUUACUGUUACAUGUAUACAAGAAAUUACUGUUGAAUAUGAAAAUUAAACUUCACUAGUUAGAGUUGCUGUUCUAUUGUAUGUAUGGGUUUUCAGCUUCAGUGGCAGACUUGCACAUGGGAUACAUAAGAACAGCCAUACUGGGUCAGGCCAAAGGUCCAUCUAGCCCAGUAUCCUG